AUGGGAGUCUGGUUCAGUCAAAUUUGGCCAGAGAAGCCUAAUCCAUCACUUGUCGAAAUAGAAGCGCGCCAGCGUGCAGAAGCGGAGGCUAAGCAGGCUCGCAUCGACGUUGAAAUUGCUCACAAGAAGGUCACGGCGAUGGUUCGGGCUGAACGCGUUGCCAACGAAGAUCGCUUGAAGGCGGCAACUGCUGCCCAUGCCGCUAAUAAAGAGGCGAAGCAGAGAGCCGCAGAAGUAGAGAAGGGGAAGAAACAAGCUGCCGCUCUGCAAGAACAAAUAAAACAAGAUGCUCAGGCCGCUCGGGAACGUACCAAACAACUCGAGGAGGCUGUCAAAGAGGAGAAGAGGAAAGCAGAUGCUGCCAAGGAGGCAUCCAGCGCGCAGGCGCAGGCUCACAAAGAUAUGAUGGUUGUUAUCCAGGCUGAACGUGCUGCCAAUGAAGCCCGCCUGAAGGCAGAGGCCGCUGCCCAUGCCGCUGACGAAGAAGCGAAGCAGAGAGCUACAGAAGUAGAGGAGGAGCGAAGGAAAGCCGCUGCCAUUCAAAAACAAAUCAAACAAGAAGUUCAGGCUGCUCAGGAGCAUACCAAAAAACUUGAGGAGGCUGUCAAAAAGGAGAAGAGGAAAGCAGAUGCCGUCGAGGAGGCGGCCAUUGAGUCGAAGAAAGCGGCAGAAGAGAAAUUCAGGAGGGCAGAUGUUGCUAGGCAGGAAGCUGAAAGCAAGCUGUCCAAAGGAAUUCAACCUUUGGUGACUCCUACACCUGAUGAAGUUCGAGACAACAAGCUCCUAGCUCAAUAUUGCGAGGACCGUUUCCAUGUUGCAGUAGCCGGAAUGGCAGGAGGAGGCAAAUCCUCGCUCAUUAAUGCCUUCCGUGGCUUGCGCAAUAUCGAUAUUGGAGCUGCUGCCACUGGUACCAAUGAGACAACGACAGACAUAACCCGAUGCCCUGAUCCCAACGCGGAGUAUCCGUAUGUCUGGUACGAUGUUCCGGGCGCAGGCACGCUCGAAAUCCCACACUGGCAGUACUUUAAUGUCCAAGGGCUUUACAUUUAUGAUUGUAUCAUCGUCUUAUUCAACGAUCGCUUCACCGAGAUCGAUAUCGCCAUUCUUAACAACUGCAGGCAUUUCGAGAUCCCCGCGUAUAUCGUGCGCUCCAAGGCGGAUCAGCAUAUCCGUAACAUCAUCAAGGAUAUGGGGUACGAUAGCGACGACAAUGAAAGCGAGGACCAGGAGAAGCUUUAUCAGGCUGCACGGCAGCAAUUCAUUCAGCAGACACGCCAGAGCGUGGAAAACAACCUGGAGAAGGCAAAAAUACCGAACAAAAGGGUUUACAUUGUUUCAAAUAAAACGAUGUUUGGUGUCGUGACGGGAAGGCGGCCGAAGGCGGUCAUCGACGAGAUUGAGCUGUUGAACGACUUGAUCUGGACAACUCAGACCAGGCGCCAAGGGCGCAGUGAAGCUCGUGUGGCGACUGUUGUGAAGAAUGUGAUGCAGUCUCUAACGGGCAGUUGA